GUCGCUACGGUACGACUGUUGGUACACAAGUGCACUACACUAUGGCUUCUUUCGCCAACUUGACAGAUACAAUCGGCAUCCAUAUCGAUGCCAAGUCUCCUGCACUCCAAGCAGCUGCUAGCAUCCUCCUGCUAGCUGGUGCUAUCUCCAUCGUCCGCCCAUUCUUGAGCUUCGUUCGCGUGGUGCUCAGCUUGUUUGUCCUGCCAGGACAAUCCCUCACAAAAUUCGGUCCCCGCGGAUCUUGGGCCUUGAUCACAGGAGCUUCGGAUGGCAUUGGAAAGGAGUUUGCGUUAUCACUCGCCGCAAAGGGCUACAACCUCGUUCUCGUCUCCCGAACUGCCUCGAAGCUCGACUCGCUCGCAUCCGACAUUUCCGCCAAAUAUGGCCCUAAGAUCGCUACGAAGACUUUCGCUAUGGACUUCUCCCAGAACAAGGAUACCGACUAUAGCCAGUUGAAGAAGCUCGUUGAUGGGCUUGACAUUAGCAUCCUGAUCAACAAUGUUGGUCUUAGCCACUCGAUUCCAGUUCCAUUCGUAGAGACAACUCAGCAGGAGAUGACGGACAUCAUUAUGAUCAACUGCCUCGCCACUCUUCGCACGACCCAGCUUAUCACGCCUGGUAUGAUCUCCCGCAAACGUGGAUUGGUCCUAACGAUGGCUUCAUUUGGUGGGGCCUUCCCAACCCCUCUACUUGCCACAUACUCCGGCAGCAAAGCCUUCUUGCAGCAAUGGUCGACAGCUCUAGGUUCUGAGUUGAGCCCUCACGGUGUCACUGUCCAGUGUGUCCAAUCGCAUCUCGUUACCACCGCCAUGUCGAAGAUUCGAAAGAGCUCUUUGUUGGUACCCAACCCCAGGCAAUUCGUCAACGCUGUUUUGGGAAAGAUUGGUCGUCACGGUGGUGCGCAGGGCAUUGCAUUUACAAGCACACCCUACUGGAGUCACGGAAUGAUGCACUGGUUCCUUUCCACUUUCGUCGGCGAACGAUCGGACCUCUUGGUGAAGAUCAACCGCGGCAUGCACGAGGAUAUCCGAAAGAGGGCGCUUAGGAAGGCUGCCAGGGAUGCGAAGAAGCAGUAAUGGUCUUGUACUAUCCAUCAACUGUAUGCUGGUGUGGAAAUGAAUAGAGUAGAUAUAGUCUUAGCAUUUUCAUGUAAAGUAAUAUAAAAUAAUGUUUGAUGUGCC